AUGGAAAAACUUAUUCAGCCAGUUAAAGAAGUUUAUUCAAAAUUUGUAUUUGAUAAACAAACACCUAGUUAUGUAGAGAUAUAUACGAAAAAGGAAACAGACGCAGUUAUUGUGUAUUCAAAGAUUCAAGAGGUAAUAAUUGGACAUGUAGCGAGCCCAUGCAAUGCUAUAUGGAAGUCUGUGUGUGCUUUAAACAAUAUAAACCAGUUGCUGGUAGAAAUGACCGCGGCUGGUGUAACUACUAUGCCACUUGAUAAUGCUUUUAUAAGAGUCAACAAUCCCAAUAUAAAGCAGCCUAAUAAUUCUAAACGUCUAACAGAGCUUCUCAAUGAGACUGAAAUGUACACAUAUACAGCGGAAUGCCCAUUAGGUGGCUGCAUCUGUGUUACUGAAGACACAACUAGCUUAAGACAGUGUAUGUCUAUAGACGUGAACAAUAAGAGUUAUCUAUCAAAACUGGUCUUAAAAUUGUCGAGAGGACAUUCCCAAACAUCUAAAGUAUUGAAGAAUCUUAAAUCAAGUCCGGCCCAAGCUCUGUCGCUCGUUGGACAAGUUGGUAUUGAGAAGACUAUGUGGGAAUAUACAAAAAUAAUGUCACUUCUAGAACAUUCCUUCUUUAUAGCUGGCAUCUGGCACACAGACAACAGAUCAAACGAAUCAAUUGAACAAAUAAAUCAAACGAUCCAAGACAUGACAAUGGGUGAUACAUUGAAUCCAUUUGAGAAUCUCACAUCAACGGAACACUCCAUACGUCUAGACACAGAGUCUAUAUGUAUAGAUGAUGAAAACGAACUAACUGUUGAUGACUUUACAUCACUGAAGAAACAUGGCCUGGUUAAUGAAAGAAAAGAUGUCAAUGAGCCAGUACUCAUUUGGCUGUUAACUAGCAACAACAUGAAUAGCAAAAGGAAACUGAAGACUUUAACUCUACGUGAAAAAUUCAACGUUAUCUAUGUUGUAAAAAGUGGCACGAAGAAAAAAGAUGUGGCAGCUCGGUAUGGACUGCCAGCCAGCACUUUGUAUACAAUAAUUAUGAAUGAAGCCGAAAUACUGCAAAGAUACGAAUCAAGUACCAAUUUGUCUUGCAAAAGACGACGUUUGGCGGAGUUUCCUGAUUUAGAAGAAUUCUUACUUACCUGGCUCAAACAGUGUCGGAACAAAAACAUAAGCUUAUCUGGGCCUAUCUUAAUAUCUUAUAAUUUUGGAAGUCACUGGGACACAGUUCGUUUCGUGCCAGCAAUGGUUGAUUGGUGA